GAAGAGGCCCUUUUUACUUAACAUUUAAUAACCGUCAAACUGAGGCACGCACAAAGGAAACUAGCUCAGAUCUAGAAGAAGCAUGGAGAUUGGGAGAGAGGGGAAUGAGCCAAUUCUCAGAUUUUCUUCAAAAGAUCUCAGCAGAGCAGCUGCAAGUAAAUGUUACAUUUGACUCGUUCAUCAGAUCAACAGCCUCCAUCCACAACAUGCAAGAGAGAAUCAGACUAACUGAAUUGAAACAGAAAGAAAUCAAACAGAUUCAAGAGGCUCUGAAGAAACACAAACAAGAGAUUAAGAUGAACAAGAAGUUCACUAUUGAGGUAGAGGAAGUCUACAAAGUUAAAGAACCCCUUGAUGGUGAGAAUGCAUUCUUUAAAGCAGCUGUCUGCUGCACCGUCUGUGAGGAAAACUGUCACUAUCCUGGAUGUACGAUUGCCCCAAACCCUGAAAAGUGUGAGGUCAUGAAAUCAAACUCUUGCACUGUUUGUAGCGAGAAAUGUCCCGUUUCAAAACAUGUUAGAGUAGACUGGAAGUAUGUCACCAAGACUAGGAAAGCGCAGAUAACCAAAGAGGAAUGUAAAAAGAAGUACUUAAAGCAUAUUACAGAUACAAAGAAGCAGGAAAAAUUUAAAGAAACUCUUGCAAAGAAAAUAGAAAGCUUGAACUGGGAAAAGGGACGUUUGAUAGACAAAUCUUAUGAUCUUGCGGUCAAACUGGAUCCAACUCUCCUUAAAGUGAACUCGGUUUCCACGUACAUCAAUUUGGACUACCUGAUUAAGAAGAUUAAGGAAAGGGGAGAUAAAGAGAAGCUGCAUGCACUAGAAAUGAUAGAUGCCCAAAUGGAUGGAGGAGCCAAAUCAGUCAUUGAGUGCAAGUUUGACAACACUUCUCUACAAUAUAUAAAAUCCAACAGUGUUGCCCUCAAACCAGGACCCCCUGCUGUCUACCAGCUUAAAACAAGAAAAAUAACCUCGGGGACUGUGUCUAGAAUGACUUUUGGCAAAAAGAAACAAAACAAACCAAAUAAAAACAUCUUACUUGUUGGUGAAACAGGAGCUGGAAAAUCUACUCUGAUCAAUGCUAUGGUCAACUAUGCCAUGGGAGUGAAGUUUGAGGAUAAAGUUUGCUUUCAGAUUGUAGAAGACGAGAAUAGAAAUCAGGUAGAGAGUCAGACAUCAGAUGUUACUGUAUAUGAGGUCUUUGGUUUUGAAGGUAAAAACCUUCCCUUCUCUCUGACCAUCAUCGAUACGCCUGGCUUUGGAGACACCAGAGGUUAUGAUCGUGAUGUCAUUGUCUGUGAGAGAUUAUUUGACUUGUUUCGAUCAAGCGAUGGCAUUCACAAGCUUGAUGCCGUGGGUUUGGUGCUGAAGUCAAGUGUUAACCGUCUCAGUGACCGACUGAAGUACAUCUUCAAUUCAGUGAUGUCUCUGUUUGGAAGAGACAUAGAGAAAAACAUUGUAGCCCUGGUUACCCACUCCACUGGAAGAAAACCAAAUGAUGUGCUUAAGGCUCUUGAAGCUGCAAAUAUUAAGUGUGCAAAAGAUGAAAAGAAACAGCCAGUUUACUUCCUGUUUAACAACUGCCAACAUGAGGAGAGAACAGGGGAACCAAAAGUCUAUGAAAACGCUGACAAAAUAGCAAUAAGAGGACUGAGUGGCUUUACUGCCUUUCUGCGUAACACUGAGCCUCAAAAACUAGAAAUGACCUUGGAAGUUCUCAAUGAACGUAUCAGACUGUCCGCCUGCAUCCAAAACCUGGAAGAAAAGAUCAAACUGUCUGAGCUGAAACAAAAAGAGAUUAAACAGAUCCAAGACGCUCUGAAGAACUAUGACGAAAACAUGACAAAAGAUGACACGGUCACUGUAGAAUAUAAUGAGGCCUACAAAGACAAAGAAGAUAUUGAAGGAGAGAUGUGGCUGAUGGUUUUAGUCAAAGGAGCAGUUUGCUGUACCAUCUGUGAGGAGAACUGCCACUAUCCUGGAUGUUCAAGUUCUAAAAGCCCUGAGGACUGUGAGGUGAUGAAAGAUGGCUACUGCACUGUUUGUACUUUAAAGUGCCCAGUGUCGGCUCAUGUGAAAGGGAAGUGGAGAUAUGUGAACAAGACAAAGAAAGUUCGGAAAAGUCUGGAUGAGAUUAGAAGAAGAUCAAUACGAGAACAAGGUUUGAAUUUUUUAGGACACCUUGACAAAGACAUGAAAAAGCUUCGCACAGAGAAGUCACAGCUGCUGGAUGAGUGCUAUCAACAUGUCAAAAAACUGGAAAGGAUUGCCUUGAAUGUUACUUCUGUCUCCACAUUUGUUAACUAUGAGUUUCUCAUUGAAAAACUAAAGGAAAUAGGAGAGGCAAACAAGAUUCAAAAACUGGAGGAGAUGAAAAACAAAGGUGAUGAACGGACCAGAAUCAAGAUCCAGUAUGUGUGGGGAAAAGUCAAAUCAGCCGGCAAAAAAAUUCAAACGGUGUUACAGUGUUAAAAGCCAGGUUUCUUCAAAUCCAGUCUUUGCAGUCUAAUGUCCUGUACUUUUUAGAUGUGUCUCUGUUUCAACACAUCCAAAUCAAAUGGCUCAACUGCCUGAUCAGUAGUAGGAGUUUUAUUAAGGACUUGAUUAUUUGAAUAUACAGUGUUUUGAAGUAAAGAUAUUUCUAAAAGGGAUAGAAUGCCACACCUCCAGGGCUGAUAUUGAAAAACUGCUUUAGACUGUUUUUGAUAUGCAUGAUGGUGCCGGAUCCCAAGGGGAAUGGCUUAAUCUUUGAGAGUGUUUUAACAAUUAAUAAAGACAAAGUACUGCUAGAAAAAAGAAAAGACUAUUUGAUAAUAGUAGGUAGCGGACAAUGAGCACUAUGGCAGGUUUUGAAGGACUAAUCAACUAACUCAUACCCUAUUUAUAUUGCAAACAUAAAUCUUGUCUACACAAGAAAAAAGUAACUUUUGUGUUUUGAAAGUGGAAGAAAACAAUGUUGAUUUCAGUAUAUUUAGGUUUUGAUUUAUCCAAAAUAUUAAGAAGGAAAUGUGCAAAUGUAAAAUACUAAUGCCAACUAUUUUAUUACAUCAUUUGAGCACAGUAUGCUGCUGGAUUAUUGUGCUAAUUAAAGGACAUCCCUAAUAAUUACAUUUAGUUUUAGUUUUGUUUUAGUAGCAGCACCUCUACUAAUGGUAUAGCUUAUGGUUUUGGGGGGUUUUAUACGGCAUAUAUCUAUGUUGAUAAAGAAAUUGAGUUUGUGCAUUAAUAUUUACUGUACUUUAAAAGUUAAA